AUGCAAUUUUUGGUAAAAUCUUCAGGCCGAGUUGGAUUUUUCGGUUUUGCUACAGCCACAGCUUCACAUAAAGAUAUUGCAGGAAAGAAUUUCUAAAGAUUCUAAAGCAAAUAUGCUGAAUAUGUUACUCAAUUCAAUCAAAAGCUGUAAUCUAUGUCUUUGUAAAAUUUGAUAGUGAAGCUAUUGAAAAAGAGAAUAAAGCUCCAAAUGUUGCACCAUAAGGCAAAGUAUUUGAACACCCAUACAACAAUCCACAUAACCCUGUAAAUUUCAGUGGUGUAAGUGCUAAUUACUAAGCUAGAUCAAAUCAUCUGAAUUGUUUUACAACUUUAUUGGACCAGAAUAAGUAUCACCACAUUAUGAAAAUUUCCUUGUGGCUAGAAAAUACCUUCUACUUACUUAUGGUGGUUUGAUUGUUAUUGGAUUUGCUGCAGGCACAACUAAUCUACAUUGGAUUGCUAAAUCAUCAUUUUUGCCAUUCCUAUUCUGGAUGCAAAUUAUGUACUUUUACUUGGAAGGUCGUAAAUCAUUCAUGAAACCAUUACUUGCUAGAUUUUACAGAAGAGUAGCUGGAAAUGAAUGUUUCUAACUUGAUUAAUAUUAUCAUGAAAAUAUGCAACUCAAAAUUAGAACUCUUUUAGAAGCAGCCAAAGGAUAAAUUGAAUAUGGUUAAUUACAUAAAGAAUUUAGAGAUGUUAAAGCAGAAUUAAUUAAUACAGUAUAAUAUUAUCAUUUAUAUUUAAGUUCUUAAUGAAUGAAUAAUUAAAUCUCUAAAGACAUGUUGCAGAGAGAUCUUAAAAUAUUCUUAAAUAAGCUCAAUAAGCUGAAUAAGUAUGUAGAUUCAAUAAUUUAAGAUUAAUUAAAAUAGACUUCUAUCAGAUAUUAUUGAAGCUGCUCAAAAGUCACUUGAUACUAAUCUUAAGAGCAAUCUUCCAGAAAUUUAAAAAGCCUCAUUCAAAUCUGCUCUUAGAGGAUUAGCUUAAGGAAAGAUGACAUAUGAGAAUGAUCCAUUAAUUGAUAUGAUUCUUAAGACUAUUAGAGAACAUGUAAGCAAAAUUUAGAAUCUAUCACCAGCUGAGUAUGAAUUCAUCAUAUUCAAUUUAGAUAGAAGAAAUUGAUAUCACUCAGUAAGGACUAAUUAGCUGCUAUCCAAGCAAACGAUAAAAAGUAUAUAUUUAUUAUAAUAAAUUCAGAGCAAAGGAAGAUUUCUUAAGAGCUGAACCAAAGAUAGAUUAAACCCUUAAGAAUUAUGAUAAUGUAAAGAGACAACUAGCUUCUUGGGGACAAUGAA